AUGGCUUUCGGAAAGACUGCCGGAGGCAACAGUGCCUACCACAACUACAACAAUGACUUCCUCCACGUCCAGGAUCUCAACGAGCGCCGCCGCCUGGCCCUCGCCGAGAUCGACAAGGCCCCCUUUGGCUGGUACCACGUCCGCGCCAUCGUCGUUGCCGGUGUCGGUUUCUUCACGGACUCGUACGACAUCUUCACGGCCUCCAUGUUGACCAUCAUGCUGGGCAUCGUCUUCUACCAGGGCACGGGCAGCAUGCCCACCUCGUCCGACAGCGCCAUCAAGCUCGCCACCUCGGCCGGUACCGUCAUCGGCCAGGUUGGAUUCGGUAUCGCGGCCGACUUGGUCGGUCGUAAGCGCAUGUACGGUCUCGAACUGAUUGUCAUCAUCUUUGCUACCAUCGGCCAGGCCCUGACCAGCGGCUCUCCUGCCUGCGAUGUCAUUGGCCUCAUCAUCUUCUGGCGUGUGAUUAUGGGUAUCGGUAUUGGUGGUGAUUAUCCCCUCUCUUCCAUUAUCACUUCCGAGUUCGCUUCAACCAAGUGGCGUGGUGCCAUGAUGAGCGCCGUCUUUGCCAUGCAGGGUCUCGGCCAGCUCACUGCUGCCCUCGUCAUGCUGUUCGUCACCCUCGGCUUCAAGGGCUCACUGUCCUCUGCCGCCUCCAUUGCCGAGUGCAGCGGUGUCUGCCAGCUGGCCGUCGACAAGAUGUGGCGCACCCUGAUCGGCUUCGGUGCCGUUCCCGCCUGCAUUGCCCUCUACUACCGUCUGACUAUCCCCGAAACCCCUCGUUACACUUUCGAUAUCGCCCGCGACGUCGAGCAGGCCGGCGACGAUGUCAAGGCUUAUAUGACUGGCAAGCGUGAGGGCCACCCCGACGAGAUUGCCCGCAUCAACGCCUCCAAGGCUGCCCAGGAGAGCCUCCAGGUGCCCCGUGCCAGCCUGAGCGACUUCUUCCACCACUACGGCAAGCUCAAGAACUUCCUCGUCCUGUUCGGCACCGCCGGUUCAUGGUUCUGCCUCGAUGUCGCCUUCUACGGUCUCUCCCUGAACAACGGCACCAUCCUCAACGUCAUUGGAUACUCCACCAAGGGAGUCGACGACGUCUACGGCUACCUGUACAACACCGCCGUCGGCAACAUUGUCAUUGUCCUUGCCGGUGCCGUUCCCGGAUAUUGGGUUUCCGUUGCCACCAUUGACAUUCUCGGCCGCAAGACGAUCCAGUUCGGUGGCUUCGCCAUUCUGACCGUCCUCUUCAUCGUCAUGGGUUUCGCCUACAACCACAUUAGCUCCAACGGCCUCCUUGCCAUCUACGUCCUCGCCCAGUUCUUCUUCAACUUCGGCCCCAACACCACAACCUUCGUCGUCCCCGGUGAGGUGUUCCCCACCCGCUACCGUUCCACCUCGCACGGUAUCUCCGCCGCCUCCGGCAAGAUCGGCUCCAUCAUCGGCCAGGGCGCCAUCGCUACCCUCCGCACCCGCGGCGCCACCAAGGACAACGCCGCCCCCUGGAUGGACCACGUGCUGGAGAUUUACGCCCUGUUCAUGCUCCUCGGCUGCUUCACCACCAUCUUCAUCCCCGAGACCGCCCGCAAGACGCUCGAGGAGCUCAGCGGCGAGGACGACUACGCUGUUACUCACCACGACGAGGAGGUGUCCCACGGUCCUGGCGUCGACUCCGAGGUCAUUACCAAGAUCUCUGCCGACGGUGAGACUCGGCCUGUGUCUCCUUAA